AUGAGCGACGACGACAAGAGCUGGUCGAUUUCCCGGCUGCGCCAGCACCAUCGGAGGUCCAUUGUCUCGCAGCUUGUCGAAAUAGGCAGCGGGGGCAAUCAGCAAGAGCAUGCUAAGUUUCGCUCCUUCAUCGACAAACUUCAAUGUCUCCGGCCAAGAGGCUUGAAGCUGCACCGCCGGUCGAUUAACGCCUUUGAAGAACGGCGGUAUGUCGCCCUGUCCUACACGUGGACUCCAUCAGAGCACGAAGACCCGGAGAAUGGGCCGAUGCCCAUCGUAUCCGUCAAGUCACGUGCCGCGUCGACGAUUGCGACCGCCAUCCCCGUUGCCUUGAGAAACUCGACGCCAUACAAGCCAUGGACCUUGUCUACCAGCUCAGCGCGCAUCCAGUGGCGCUACUAG